GCACUUGGUAUUGGCUUUGAGCAGCAAUGAUUGACUCGACCGGUUCGUUCCAUUUGCACCAGAUUUCUGUAUCGAAUGAUCUAAUCAAGCCCCGCCAACCCAGGCAUCUCCAAAGUUGAUGCAGACACCUCAGAGCAACCAAAGGGUCUUACCUCGGUAGUCUAGUCAUGACUGAUCAGAUGUCACUCCUUGCCAUCCACCAUGGACACGGUUACCUUAUCUUCCGCGUUAUUUGCCGCCCUGGACAACCGAUUUCCAGCGCCCACCUACGACUUUUUAGUAGGCAAUUUACAAGGAUCAUCUACUGGAAGCGGUGUUGAUGGCCAAGGCUCGUUUUUAAAUACUCAAAACUAUUCAAAAUUGAAUCCUUCCAGAAUCACUGACCAAAGUUCUGUUCACCAAUGCUUUUCGAAUGAUGCUACAUGUAGCUACUACAUGUAGCUAGGAGAGGUACGGUGCCGAUAGGUGGAUCAUAUGAUUUGCCACCAAAACGAAGGGAUACUAGUACGGAGCUGAUGAAGGAGCAGUGUGGCCAAGGUGCUAUGGCGCGGAGAGCUUCAUCGUCUAGCUACCGGUAGCUAGUUCCGACCGUAAAAUAGCUCGGGUGGUUGGCUUGGAAGUAUACGUCAGGAUCUUGGUGGUCACAUGAAUGAAUAGUUGUCACGCUUUCUUCAUUAUGGAUUUAUUGGAGUCUACCAAAUGGAACUCUACUUAGUAGCUUCACCCAAAGUACGAUUGCGUUUGGUCGCGUCACAUAUGCCAACAAUUGAUCCAGCGAAAAUAGAGUGAACGAGAAAGGUUUUGACACUUUAGCAAGUGAGAAUACUGCAUGCUGCAUGGUACCACAACCGAUGGCCACUCUUAUUACAUGAGCUUGGCUUGCAUUUUAUUUGAUGGAGUGGAUGGUGACCAUGGCUGCAUGAGGGUGUCCUAUUGACAGUACUGGUAUACUAGCUAACUUGAUAGUGAUUGUUGGAAUGGAAUGUACUGAUCUGAUCUGGAUGAGAAGAGAAGAAAGAAAGGUAUAAUCUUAAGAAGAAGGUACCUGAAUUCUCUGGACAAGCAAGUCAAGUCCAUAAAAAAGCAAGGCAAGCAUGUCAGCAUCAGCAUCUGCAUCAGGCAAUGAUGACAAGACCCACAAGAGAAGAAACUGCAUCAACAAAGAAGUUCUGAUUUCUAGAGAAAAAGUAAAACUGAAGAAAAAUGGCAAACUGAAGAAAGUUGACAAACUGAAGAAAGAUGACAAACUGACUGAUACAUGUAUGCAUAGUAUGAAUGGUAGCAAGACCAAGGCGAAGGUGACAGUGAACAAAUUGGGAUCCAGCUUCCAGAAAGCCCAUCUGAUUGAGAAGCAGAAGCCACAGAAAGAAAUUGAGAAGCAACGUAGACGGUUACGUCAGUUGGAUUAUCGUCCACACAAUUUCUAUGACCAUGCCAUGCAACAAGAUAUUCAAGUUGGUAUUCAACAAGUGGAUGUACAACAAGUUCAAGUGGAAUACACUUUCUGGACUUCCAAACAAUCCAUUCUCAUUGGAUCUUCCCUUUUGCUAGCACUCACAGGCUACAAGAUAUUCUUCUACGGAGCAUUCAUCCUGUUUCUAUAUGAAACUGGAUGCAUCCUUCAGAAUUGGAAACUCUUUCUGCUUCACCAUCACAUCAUUCGAGAAUUCAAAAAAUUCUCUCUCAGUUGGUGGUACUACACCACGGAACAAAUUGUACAGUUCUUGGAUACCAAAAAUGACUACUCCAGAAAAGCUGCACUGGGAUUCUGGAUCAUGUGGUACCCCAGAACAUCCAAAAUGGUCAAAAACUACAUCAAAGAUCGAAAAGAGCAAAUGCUACAACUAGCCAAGGAAGAAGCACAGCGGCUCCGAGAGAGAGCCGAUGAAGCCAUCAAACAGGCCGAAACCGUCAUGCGACGAUCCUCACUUACGCUGCAGCAGUUGCCCACUCGAGCUGUACAGUUCCAACGACAACAGACACAACGUUUGGGACAAUUGACACGACAACAAACACAACGUUUUGGGCAGUUGACACGACAACAAACACAGCGAUUUCAAACCUUUCAACGACAACGGUCCAGGCGACAGACCACACGACGAAUGCAACGAGAUCUCCAACAAGUCCGACGACAGCAUACUCGAAGAACCAUGAGACGAUCGGAAUGGGACGAUGUGUCCUAGCUAGCUACCGUAUAAGGCGUUCUUCGUCGCAAACAAUCCCAAAUGGGUACCGUAUGUGGGUCCUCUGUAUUCCUCGAAUGAAAAUCAGCGUGAACGAUCGAGGAAUAGAAACCAAAAAAUCAGAGUGAUGAUACCGUGUUCACAUACGGUCUCAUGGGUGCCCCCAACAUUGCAGUCGCCCGCGUCGGCGUUGUCGGAAAGCACCAAUUCACCAACGAACAGUCCGCCAAAGUGUUCAAAAACAAGCUCGAUCGACCCCGAUCGACCGAUUCGAUUCCAUCGUCUCGAGACGUGUGUACAAAUUUUCUGCAGCCCUGGUGUACAUUUUGCUAUGCGCUAUGGCUUGUCUCUCUGCACCGUAGCUAUCUCAGUGUACUAUAAUAAUAUAUCAUCCAAUGUAUGUAGUC